GCACUCCCAGAUUCAGCACCAGCAAUCAAGGGUGCGAAGUCGUUUCGAUACGGGAUCGAACUCAGUGCCAGGAGCAUGAUCAAAGCCUUUGACACGAAUGACAACGGCAAUGCGCGAACCAAGUCAAAACCAAGUCAUACGCCCCAUCGAGGGGCAGUACUAUUUAAAGUGCCUGAAGCCAGACCAGAUCUUCAUCGGUCUGGUGUAAGCUCAAUCAAUGCACUCGGAUCCACUCCCAUUCGAAGGCGACGCCCCGGACGCACACAAACUCAUCUACGAGGUGUACGAGAAUACAUUUAUAAGCUCCAUGGCAUGGAAGGUGGCAGGAUCCACGAACCAUAUUGCCGUCGCCUGUUGGCGGACACUCUGCAGAGAGAAGGAGGAGGAAGAAAAGGCCAGGAACGCCCUUCUCGGACCAGGAAACGGGGCUAUCCGAACCCUCGACUUGUUCCCAAUCCAGAUAGUCGAUGUCGUAUAUGAGGUCCUUUCGCACCUCCAUCCUCUGGAUCUGAGCCACGUAGCGCGCGCAAACAAGUUCUUCCGUGGACUGCUGCUCUCGCCUCAUGCGAAUUCAAUAUGGAGGGCAGCGUUCGACAUUGAUGUGGUGGAGGAUCAGAAUAUCUUUUCGAUCCCUACGUGUCCAUACCAUAUUCCUGGAAGGAGAUGGGCCAAGCUGUUGUUUGGGGCGGAUAUCUGUGAGUUCUGCGAUGCGUCGGACACAAGACCGGAUUACACAAUCUACCGACGUCUGUGCACCAGUUGUAUGAAUCAGGAGCUAUCUCCAGGGGUCCCGGGUUAUGACUCCUUUCAUUCAGUGCAAGCUUUGGUACCCCAAUCAUAUCGCCAUGACGGCCGUCAGAUUAGACCGAAUUCCGCCUUGGGGAGGAUGUGGCCCGGAGAUGGCGCCGACUUCGCGAGAAAGUACACUUAUCUGGCCGAACAAUCGCCUUCUUCAGAAGGUUCGUUCAGCGAUAGUGAGGCCUCUACACCGCUCCAGAUGUUUGUGGUCAGAAGCAAGAAGAUCCUCAGAGAGACCGAAGACCGCGCGUUAGAGGCUAUGGACUGGGCAGAAAAUAUUACCGAUAAUGUAUUCUGGGACGCGCAGAUACGUGCUCACGCUGUGACGAAAAGAGCCAUUAAGCGACUAAUCGAGGAAGGCCACAAUGCCCAGGAUGUUUCUCUAGCCGCGGAGAACCGAUUCUCUGAAAGCGUACAUUUGAUGCACUUUCCUCGUUUGACGUCUAGACGUUGGCACAAAAUCCGACCAUACCUUCUUCCCCUUGUAGAAUCUCAUCGGGAAGCCCGACUACUCCAACAACGCCUUGACCUCAUCCAACGGCGGAAGGUCACGUUCCUAGCUGCUGUCGCUCAAGUUCUCUCCAACGCUCCACACCAAACUUGGGUAUACAAUCCCCCGUCAUAUACACUGGAGACCAUGGCCGGUGUCAGCGAGCUUCUGAACGAUCCCUCAGAUGGGGAAUUGGCUCCCAACGAUCUACGCAUCUCCGACAUCUUGUCUGUCCUGGGUCAGUUUGUCGCGAAUUGGAGACACGAGAAGAAGCGGCUCUUGGCCUCACUGCUUCCGCGUUCAGAGGAGAAUCCUGACAUACAGAGGCUCGACCUUGUGACGAGUGUUUUCACUUGCCUCGGCUCCUGGUCCGAUUGGUCGCUGAACACUUCCGGACGUUCGCUCAUCGGAUGGGCUGGGGCAGGUUCCCACCUGCAAUGUCGGAGUCUCGAAGUAUACUGGGAUCGCCGUCUCCAUUACUGUUCUGAAGGUGCAUCCGCGGCUGUUGAGCUGAUGCGACUGGUCGGGCUUGAUCCUGCGACGACGACGGUCGACCAGAUGGAUAUGGUCUGUGGGACCGGCAGACUGUGCGGCAAUGAGAAACGCUUCAUCUGUAUGCUGUGUCCCGCUGUCAGCUGCAAAGGUGGUGUUGGCCGCCCGGUGAUGCACUGGCGAGAAUGCGUCGCUCAUGUGAUCAAGCAGGUUCGCGAUUCAAACAACGAAGCACACAGAUCCCCGUCCUGGGGUCUGCUCUCAGAGGAAGCGGCAGCUCAUAUUCGACGUUUCGAAACCCUCGAUCCCUAUGUUCUCAACGAUGCCUGGUUCUGUGCGCUGUGUCCAGCCCAUUACGACAACUAUAGACCACGAGCUGAAGUCUUGCAGCAUGUCCGGGACCAACACCACAUCGCACGUCCGCUCGACGGUGCUCACUACUUACACAAUCCCUCCGUUAAUCGGACCCCUAGGUCUCCGGUGAUGCUCGCUCAAGAAGGCCAGAUCCCCGAAUUUCGAUGCAAGCAUUGCCCUCCGGGUGCGACUCGUUUAUAUCCGCUUCGCAGCAUCACGCGCCAUCUGGCAGACAGUCAUGCGAUUGCAAGGCCAGAUGAGCGAGAUUGGAAGGUUGUCAGACAGAUCCUGCGGGUUACUGUAUAAUCAAGCUGUCGGCAGAAAAAGCUCGCGGUCUCUCCGAAGUACUUUUUAUCGCUUGUGGUCCUUUCAAAUUAGGAUGUUCUUUCAACAAAGAGGCUGCGCGUCGGCGCAAACAUGGCGAAGCCGAGUUUGUCGGGAACGCCGCGGCCAUUGAGCUCGAUGCUCGAUAUAGCUACGUGUCCCAACGCGUCGGUAUCCAUUCGCUCUGAGUACGGCAUUGGCACGCAUCUGUCCUGCUCUCGACUGCCAUGACUCAAAAACCACACACGACUGUUAAUAGGCAUGUUUCUGAUGACCUCGAGAUCUAUCGUAUCUUCCGCGAAUCGACCCUGCUGAACGCAAGAAGCAACUAACGAGGACAGAAUCGUUUUACAUGAGCGGUGCCACUCGGGCGACCCUGAAGGAACCCUGGCCAGAUGCGUUCGGGUCUGGAACCACUCGAGCUCUUCUACGUCGUCCGUCAUCCUCGCAAUCAGCGCUGUGCGACUUCGAACCGACAAGUGUGGAUUUUGGGGUGGCGGACAGACGGUCUGGCCAUGGCCGGAGAUCUCAUGCGUCGCUCGAGAGACGGCGCCGGGGCGGUGUUAGGCACGGCGAGUGUGCGUUUCUUACCCUUCCCUGCAUUGGCGUGCUCGAUAUACGCAUCCCUUUACUUCCAUGCGUCUUCACCGCUGGCUUGCACGUUCUGGCCGCCCGCCGCGUCAGCUCGACUGGGCCUGGGAACGAUCCUUGUGCUCGCUGUCACGGUGCAUGCACUCCAUUUCGACCCAGUAGCGCGAGAAGCACACACUCAAGUUCCCAUGUGUUCUGCAACCACAGCAACUCCAUUCGACGUUGCCUGCAAGUUACACUUGCAAGCGAGAUGCAUGUGCGAGAUUUCACCCUUACUCUGGCUUUUUCGACCGUCCUUGGUCUCCAAAUGCAGACACGGAUCCACCGUUCGAGAAGACAGGGAGCGGCGCAAAAACCCUUGACAGGUUGACAAUGAACACCCGGUUCACAGCAGGUUCGCAUGUUGUGCGUGCCAUACCCAUCCUCGCCCCCUUCUCUUGCAUCUUCUUGCACAGUCGGGCCAUGCGGUCGCAGCAGAACGCGCGGCCGAUCUGGCCGGGAGAAAAAGCUGUGGUGCAGAUGGCCCAGAGCUAGCCGGUGAGAAAAAGUGUCCGGACAGGCAGAGGAUAUCAUGGAUCUGAAUUACGGGACGCGCGUGCUGAGGUCGUGAGGCAGAUGCUGUCGUGGGUCGCGCUCGCUCCGUGACCGGCGCCUCGCUGCAUAAUAAUCCCCUGAAUGGACGCAUAUGUGUCGAAUGAAUGCGCUGGCACAGAUCACAUCUCCGACGUCGCAGCCUCGACUCUUGCCGAAGCGCAGUAUCGGCUGUGGCGCUGCUGUGACUGGUCGAUCCUUGCUUCUGUGUGCGGACGAAAUGGACCCCGUUUUACUAGUGCUGUGUCGGUGAUCGGGAGAAGCCUUUCAACUGGAUGCUGUGUCUGUUUUCUGUGUUUUUGCUUUUUUUCAAAUCUUACUUAGUGUGAAGCAUCGCUCCUGAACGGGUUGCGGAAAAGACCGACGGUUGUCAGCUGACAGGCGCUCGGCCUUUGUGACUCAUAUGAAUGCGGCUCGAGGCGCAGCCCUCCGAAAAGCACCCUCGGCUGGACGAGAUCCGUGGGCGAUUAUCCGCUGCAGUCUCCGGCGGCAUAGCCAAUUCAAAUUGUUCAUGUUUUUCCGCUCUGAUUUACAGCAAGUGUGUGUUCUCCGCAAGGACGCAAUAGUUGGUUGUUAUAGCAGCCGUUGUUACUGCCCGGACCCACUGUGACAGCAUGAUGAAAUUUCAAGUCUCCAAAGUUCCAUGGCCGGGAACGUGAUUUUGGAGUCUGUGACGAGUGUCCGCUUAGAAUAGAGGCGCUGGGAGUGGGCGCAAAAAUGAUGCUUUGGAUGACGUCGACCAGCCCCGCUGAUGGAUUCCCAUCGAGCUCUCAAGUCCUCCGGGUUGGACGAGUGGAUAUUGCAUCGCCAAACUUGGAGGCCGCGUCAGGCAGGUCGCCGACAGCCAGUCUGGCUCAGACUCGGCGACGCAGCCACCCAUCCUCCAACCUCCUGGUCGCACCGGCCAAGCUCGCGCUGAAAUCACGCGCGAAAUCUCGAUGUUCCUAAUCCAGCCCACGAUAGGAUCUGAUGACAUAAAAUUGAUUUUGAAUCUGGUUAUUUCUUGUUUGGCCGGAAACCGGGUAUAUAAGACAGGGCGGCCGUUACCUAGUCGUAAGAAACCCCGCAUCGACACUCCCUUCUGCGUGCAGUACCCCGCGUGCCUACCACAAUGUCCGCCGCCACCGCAACCACCCCUCAGAUCGGCGUAUCCACCAAGAUGUGGGCGACAAACACACACUGGUCGUUAUACAGCCAGUGCUGCUUGUGGGAUACCGUUCAACGACGCGUUCAGGUGUGGGAGUGCAUCCGUGAUCGUGCGUAGAUUCUCUCCUCUUCCCGCCCGUCCUGCCGUGCCUAACCACGGCGCCCGCAGACGAUUCGAUACCCGGCACUGAGCCACCCAACACAUCCUACUGGCGAUUCAUCGCGUACAGAUGAUGUCCCCACCCUGUGCGCGCGUGCGCACCACCACCUUCUUGACUCGGAACACCCACCCCUCAGCAACAAACCUGCGCUGUCGCCCUGAGAUGAUCAGUCCAGUCCCCUUGCCCGCCGCCAGCUCCAUACACCGACGAUGCCCUAUUUAUGGUGCACGUGCACGGCUUGCUUUCUGCCUUCACGGUCUGUGUGCUCGCCGAGUUCAGAAACGGGUGCCCAGCGGAGCAACAUGCUAUUUAUCCGUUGUCCCAUGUCAUACACUGUGGGACUGCGCUCAGCUAUCGUACUGCGCAGCGUUGGUUUCCCUGUCAUUGGGCCUUCCUAGUAACUCAUCUGCAUAACUUAUUUGCGAAUUCUGUGAUAAUUCAACUGGUUCUCCGCUGUUCUGUGCGACUACAUUUUCCGCCUUCCGGAGCCAAGACAUCAAUCAACGAAAUCAGGCAUGACGCAGAGGUGACGUCAGUCAAUUUCUCUCCAGCACGAUCGCGUCUUUGCGCGUGCCUCGCUGCUUACCUUGCUACUCGCACGUCCUCGUCUUCGUCAUCGCCCCGAGAUAACAACCCGGGGAGGUCCUCCUGACCGCGGAAGGCAGAAUCUGCAAUCUGCACUAGGCUCAUACUGGGGCAUCAUCGCGGUCUGUCACCGUCACGGGGUGGCCAUCGCGAACAGUCAGUCGUCGGUCUGGAUCGUGUGUCCUUCAGCCAGCUGAGCUUGCUAGCGCUUGCCUUCUCUUCGAAUCCAUCUCCCACGACAUCGGCCGCUUUCGCAGAGGGAGCCGCAAUUCUAAGUUUAACUUGCCCCUCGCGUAGCCCUUCGCGGGACAGGUCAGUAGUAAGCAGCAGCAGCAGCAACAGUCCUCUGGUCGCUUCGGCGUACAUACAGCCGCCUAAUGCACAGCCCAGCACGGGUCAUUGUUUUGGACACGUCUGGAUUGUAAUCCAACAGUACAAAUCGCCUGUUGGGGUCUGCGAUCGCAUCCAACCGCUAGGAACAAGGUUCGACGGCCUUCCU